GAGAAGCAGCGUGAAAAGAUGUUGAGUGAGUUUGAACAACAACGUGCACAGAUUGCUAAAGAUAAUGAGUUUAAAGUCUCGUCAGACAAAUUUGUGUCGCAACAUGAUAACGUGGAGGAGGCUCUUAAGAAGUCGACUGUGGGUCUUGUUCAUCUCAAGGAUUUUCGGAAAGUUAGACAAGAACUUGAAGAGCUUAAAAAACGUGAAGCCGCCAAGACAAAUCAAAUGUAUGUAAAUAAAAAGGCUAAAAAAGUCAUUUCGAAAUUAUCAUUUGCAGAUGAUGAGGAAGAAGGAGGCGAAGGAGGAGAACAAAAUGGUGAAUUGAGUCGGAAGCGUUCAGAAAAUGAUGGUGAAGACAAUGGAGGAAAUGGGGCCAAUGGAGAGAGAUCUCCGUCAACGCCGCUCUUCAAGAAACCAAAGUUUGGAAAGGAUCCUAAUAUCGAUACUAGUUUCUUGCCGGAUCGAGAACGUGAAGAAAGGGAGCGUAUGGCUAGAGAAGAACUCAGGCAAGAGUGGCUGAGGAAACAGGAAGAGAUCAAGAAGGAGCCUAUUCAGAUCACUUAUUCGUAUUGGGAUGGAUCAGGACAUCGUAAAGAAGUCGAGUGCAAGAAGGGAGAUACGAUAGCACAGUUCUUGGAAAAAUGUCGUCAGCAAUUUCAACAGUUGCGAGGUGUCAGUAUCGACAAUUUGAUGUAUGUGAAAGAGGACUUAAUUAUUCCGCAUCAUUAUACAUUCUACGACUUUAUCAUCAACAAAGCUCGUGGUAAAUCAGGACCAUUGUUCAGUUUCGAUGUUCAUGAGGAUAUUCGUCUGACCAACGAUGCAAAUAUUGAGAAGGAUGAAUCUCAUGCCGGCAAAGUGGUGGAGCGGACGUAUUAUGAGCGUAACAAACAUAUUUUCCCCUUGUCACGCUUUGAGAUCUACGACCCUGAAAAGUCUUAUGGAAAAUACUCGAUCAAAGGAAAAUAA